AUGGUGUACACAGAAAACUCUCGUCCUUCGUCUUCAACAACGCCACGCACUCUCGAUCUCUUUCCCACCCAACCUGGAGAUUUGGCACGUGUGGUUUCUUCUGCCGACGAUAGAGUGGUCUCCCUCGCGCACUUGAGAAACAACUUAACGGAAGCAGCUGCAAGAAACAUAUUGACUCUGUCCACAAUACCAAGAUGGGUAAUCAAGAAAACACUUACAAGAAGCGACGUCGCAAAGAGCCAAACACGCCUUCUUAUACCAAUGCAAUCCGUGAAUGAGCAUAUUCGGAAAUACCUCAUGAACGACAAGAUCGGAAUGAUCGAAGACGAAGAUAGUAAAGGCUGGAUAGUCAAUGUGUACGACACUGACACUCAUUCUACUCAUACGUUGUGCCUCAAGAAGUGGAAUUCAACUGGAAGCUAUGUGUUGAAGAAGAAUUGGAGAAAAGAUUUCGUUAUAAGAAGGAAUCUUCAAGAAGGCCAUGAAAUUGGAAUCUUGUGGAAUCCUACCGAGGAAAGGCUCAACUUUUGUGUGUUUCCUCCUCCUGACCAUUGA